AUGGAGAACACUUCUCUCCACUACGAGUAUGGGGAUUACGACUGGGUUCCGGAUCUCCCCGUGGACUGCGUGGAUGGCACCUGCGUCUCCACCGACCUGCUGCACACAGCCCCGUUCCUGCUGUACGCCGCGGUCUUCCUGGUGGGCGUGCCCGGCAACGCGAUGGUGGCCUGGGUGACCUGGAAAGAGGCCCGCCAGAGGGUCGGCGCCACCUGGUUCCUCCACUUGGCCGUGGCGGAUCUGCUCUGCUGUGCGUCUCUGCCCCUCCUGGCGGUGCCCAUCGCGCGCGGGGGCCACUGGCCGUACGGGGCGGCGGGCUGUCGGGCCCUGCCCUCGGGCAUCCUGCUGUCCAUGUACGCCAGCGUGCUCCUUCUGGCCGCUCUCAGCGCCGACCUCUGCCUGCUGGCCCUCAGGCCCAGCUGGGGGGCGGCGGCGGGGCGGGCGCGCAGGGUGCAGGUAGCCUGCGGGGUCGCCUGGACCGUGGCCUUGCUGCUCACCGUGCCCUCGGCCAUCUACCGCCGGCUGCACCAGGAGCGUUUCCCUCGCCGGCUGGAGUGUGUGGUGGACUACGGAGGCUCCGCCGUGGUGGAGAACACGGUGACCGCCACCCGCUUUGUUUUUGGUUUCCUGGGGCCGCUGGUGGUCGUGGCCAGCUGCCACGGGUCCCUUCUGUGCCACGCGGCCCGACACCGCUGGCCCCUGGGCAUGGCCGUGGUGGUGGGUUUUUUUGUCUGCUGGACCCCCUACCACCUGCUGGGGCUGGUAAUCACCGCGGCUGCCCCGCACUCCGCGCUCCUGGCCCGGGCCCUGCGGGCUGAACCGCUGGUCAACGGCCUCGCUCUGGCUCACAGCUGCCUCAAUCCUGUGCUCUUCUUGUAUUUCGGGAGGACUCAGCUGCGAAGGUCACUGCCAGCCGCCUGUCGCCAGGCCCUGAAGGAGUCACAGAGCAAGGAUGAAAAUGCAGUCAGCCAGAAAUCCACCAGCCAUGAUCUAGUCUCGGAGAUGGGAGUGUAGGCUAGAAGGAAACUGGUUUGUGUGCGUCUGUCCGAUUUCGCAAGGCUGGCUUCAGGCAUAGCUGGAUCCAGCAGCUCAAUGAUAUCAUUGCUUUCUUUAUUCAUUCAACAGGCAUUCGUUACGCACCUGCUAUGUGUAAGGCCCUAUUAUAGGCACUGGGGAAGUAGCAGUGACCAAAACAGACACAAAUCCCUGCCGGCAGGAAACUGACAUUCUAUUGGAGGAAAACAGGCAAUAAGCAAAGGAAAAAGAAAUAUGGAAUAUAUCAAGUGGUGACAAGUGCCAACCUAAAGGGGACAAAGAGACUGAGUGGGGCAGGGAUUUAGGUAAGCUAGGCAAGGCCCAUUGGGUGAGGUGAUAUUUGAGCCAAGACCUGAGGAAGGGAGGAAGGAGUCAUGCUUAAAUCUGGCAGAAAAGCAUGUCAAGCACAGGGAGCAGCAAGUACAAAGGCCCUGAGGCACAAUAUGCUUGGCACAUUUCAGGAAGAGUGAAGAGGCCAAUGGGGCUGAAGCAGAGGGGGCGAGAGGGAAAGUAGAGUGAGACAAAGGGAGAGAGGUAGUGGGGGGCUGGAUUUGAAAGCCUUCCAGGCCAUAGCAAGUGUUUGUGGAGAUCCGUGGCAGUGUUCUGAGCUACUGUUAUCAGAUAAAAUAUACAAAACCAA